AUGGUUGAGGGAUGUUUUGGGAAGUACCGAGUUUUUAACGUCAAUUUAAUAAGAAGAUCCUUGGUUGAAAUCCAUGCAAUUUUUUGUGAAUUGAGCUAUUAUAAGCAUGACUAUGCUUCUUGCCAAGUUUGUUCCAGAGAUCCUCGAGGAUGUGCUAUUGUGAAAAGAGACUUCAAAGAGAUGUUAGAUCAAAAUCUUAUUCAAGUUACGAGGGAUAAAAAUGAAGAUGAGCAUGAGGUGAAUGUCAUAGUUCCCUGUUUUAAUAUCCCAAAACUGGUUGUGAUUGCAUAUGAUGGUCAGAAGACUACUGUUUCUCCGUUGAUUAUCCAUUUGGCGGGCCUUACAUCUUACGAGUCUGAUAAAGUUGUGCCUUACAAGUAUAAUGCUACUAUGGUGGAAGACGACAAGGAAAUACCUAUUCCCGCUCUUCUGUCUAUUGUGAACAUCACCGAUGUAAGUGGUGUGACCCGAAGUGGUCAGACAUUUGCUGUCGUAGCUCCUAAGAGGACUGAAGAUGUGGUGAUAGAGAAAUCAAAUUUAGAGAAAACUCAUAUUGUACAAGUCGGCCAACCCAAUAUUAUGAAUCAGAAUGCUAAUCAAUAUGAAGUGUUGAAAUUGAUCAAGAAGAGUGAUUUCAAUGUGGUGGACCAGUUGUUGCAUACUCCGUCCAAGAUAUCCGUGUUAUCCCUACUGAUGAGUUCGGAAGCACACCGAGAAGCUUUGCAGAAGGUCCUAGAGCAGGCCUAUAUGGACCAUGACGUGACAAUUGAUCAAUUCGAUGGCAUUAUGGCCAAUAUUACCGCGUGUAACAAUUUGAGCUUCAGUGAUGAAGAACUUCUCGAGCAGAGGAGAAAUCACAAUUUGGCCCUGCAUAUCUCUAUGAACUGUCAAGAAGAUACUUUGUCCAAUAUGCUAGUGAAUACUGAAUCCUCUUUGAAUGUUUUGCCCAAGUCUACACUGUCCAAACUUUCUUACCAAGGUGCUCCAAUGAGAUUCAGUGGAGUUGUUGUGAAGGCCUUCGAUGGCUCGAAGAAGACUGUAAUUGUAGCGGUUGAUCUCCCGAUAAAGAUAGGUUCGUGCCUAUUUCAGAUCACUUUUCAAGUAAUGGAUAUUCAUCCCACCUACAUUUGUCUCUUAGGAGGUCCGUGGAUUCAUGAGGAUGAGGCAGUUACAUCAACUCUGCACCAGAAGCUGAAGUUUGUGAAGAAUGGGAAGUUAGUGAUCGUAGGUGGCGAGCAGGCCUUGUCAGUGAGUCAUCUCUCCUCGUUUUCCUACAUUGAUGCUGACGAAGCUGAAGGAAUGUUAUUUCAAGCCCUUUCUAUUGAUAAUGUUGUUAUUAAGAAGAGAGGUGAAUCCAUGUCAUCUUUGAAAGAUGCCCAAUUUGUGAUAGAAAAUGGUCAAUCUGCUAAGUGGGGACAAAUUGUUGAGCUUGUUGAAAACAAGAAUAGAGUUGGUAUGGGUUUCUCUCCUGGUGCAACCCAAAGAGAUCUAAAGAGAAUUUAG